CUCUGGUUUGAGGCCCCAGCCAUUUUAGGCGGAGCAUUCAACAGGUCACUCCCCUCGUUUUCAUCGACACUUUCUUCCUUCAUAUCUUCCGGCCUUCUUCUGUUCCGACUCACUCUCACCCUCCGCCUCUGCGUCGUCCUAUCUCUCUCUGCGAAUUUCGAUUCGCAUUUCAAACGGGAAUUCCUGCAUUGGCAAAAAUGGACUCCUCAAUGACCGUGUGCAAAUCCCUCACUGCUCCUCCUGGCCUAUUUAUGGGGAGGACAUCGGGUAUUAGGAGUUCCCAAUGCACCUUUAUGUUGGGAAGCAAGGUCAACUUUCCUAGACAAAGAGCUCAGGCAGCUCAAGUAAGCCGUCGAGCUAAGAAAAGAGGAGGAGCUUUAGGUGCUACAUGCCGAGCUGAUAAAAUUCUGGUAGCAAAUAGAGGAGAAAUUGCUGUUCGUGUUAUUCGGACUGCCCACGAGAUGGGGAUACCUUGUGUUGCUGUUUACUCAACCAUAGAUAAGGAUGCACUUCAUGUGAAGUUGGCUGAUGAAUCAGUUUGUAUUGGUGAAGCGCCAAGUAAUCAAUCGUAUUUGGUGAUACCAAAUGUUCUUUCGGCUGCAAUUAGCCGAGGAUGCACUAUGCUUCAUCCUGGAUAUGGUUUCCUUUCGGAGAAUGCUGUAUUUGUUGAAAUGUGCCGAGAACAUGGAAUCAACUUUAUUGGGCCUAAUCCUGAUAGCAUCCGUGUCAUGGGUGACAAGUCUACUGCUAGAGACACAAUGAAGAAUGCAGGUGUUCCAACUGUACCAGGAAGCGAUGGAUUGUUACAGAGCACAGAUGAAGCAGUCAGGCUUGCCCAGGAGAUUGGCUAUCCUGUCAUGAUCAAGGCAACAGCAGGUGGUGGAGGACGUGGAAUGCGUCUAGCUAAAGAACCGGAUGAGUUUGUGAAGUUACUACAGCAAGCUAAGAGCGAGGCUGCUGCAGCAUUUGGAAAUGAUGGAGUCUAUUUGGAAAAAUACAUCCAAAAUCCUAGACAUAUUGAGUUCCAGGUUCUUGCAGAUAAAUAUGGCAAUGUUGUUCAUUUUGGAGAGCGUGACUGCAGCAUCCAGAGGCGAAAUCAAAAGCUGCUGGAAGAAGCACCCUCUCCUGCAUUGACCUCAGAGUUGCGAAAGGCCAUGGGUGAUGCAGCAGUUGCAGCAGCAGCAUCAAUUGGUUACAUUGGUGUUGGAACAGUGGAAUUUCUUUUGGAUGAAAGAGGUUCCUUCUACUUCAUGGAAAUGAACACACGAAUCCAGGUUGAGCACCCUGUGACGGAAAUGAUUUCCUCUGUUGACUUGAUUGAGGAACAAAUACGUGUUGCUAAGGGAGAAAAACUCCGGUACAAACAGGAGGAUAUAGUGCUCAGAGGACAUUCAAUUGAAUGCCGCAUCAAUGCAGAAGAUGCUUUUAAAGGAUUCCGACCAGGACCGGGCAGAAUAACAUCAUACUUGCCAUCUGGAGGUCCAUUUGUUAGAAUGGACAGCCAUGUUUAUUCUGACUAUGUUGUUCCUCCAAGCUAUGAUUCCCUUCUUGGAAAGCUAAUUGUGUGGGCACCAACAAGGGAAAAAGCAAUUGAACGCAUGAAGAGGGCUCUUGAUGACACUAUUAUUACAGGGGUUCCUACAACCAUUGAUUACCAUAAACUCAUCCUUGACAUUGAGGACUUCAAAAAUGGGAAGGUUGAUACUGCUUUCAUUCCAAAGCAUGAAGAGGAGCUAGCUGCGCCACAGCAAAUUGUGCUGCAAAGGAAUUGAGUAAAGCAGCUGCUGCAGAUGUAUCUCCUUUGAAUUUCUUCAGGACUGGUGUUUUAACUCAAAAACAAUUGAGAAAGCACCACUCUUUUUGGCGCAACAAACCAUUAACUAGCUUUUGUUUAGCCUUAAUUUUUUAAUGUAUUGUUAUCUUUCCAUUAUAAAACUUGUAAAACUAUGAAGCAACUUCUUGAGAAAUUUUGUUUGAUAGAUCCUCUUUUAAUUCGAUGAUGUAGAGAGACUAUAUUUAUACCAUCAGGCUGCGUUUGGAAUUUGAAGAAAUUUGAAACUCAUUGUUCUAAUUU